CUCACUCUCCCUCUCUCUCCUCUCUCACUCUCCCUCUCGCCUGACUGUUCACGGAUAACUCCCGUCUCAGGUAACACCUGGACAGGUAACUCUACUCUCACAGGAGCUGACCCACAAGCUCGCUACACCUGAAACCCUAUCCCUCCUGCAAGACUGGAAAGAUUCUUAUCCAAUCAGAGACCGGCAUGUCUGUCUCAGCAGCAAGUCUCUGCUGUAGACGCUGACACCCCCUGCAGCGGCUCCCCAGCCCCGCCAUUUCCGCUGUAGCGUUGCCUAGUGACCAGGCACUAGAUGAUGAGUGCCCUGGGGGCAGCUGGCGAGGAGGAGAUGCCCCCGCCGGACCUGUGCCACACCUGCGGGCACAGGCACCUGGUGGAGGAGAACCAUGAGUACCUGUACCAGGAGGAGGUGGACGACGACCUGAUGUGCCACAUCUGCCUGCAGCCGCUGAUCCAGCCCAUCGACACGCCCUGCGGCCACACCUACUGCACCGAGUGCCUGACCAGCUUCCUGCUGGAGAAGGACUUCUGCCCUGUGGACCGCGCCCCCCUGCAGCUGCAGACCUGCAAGAAGUCCAGCAUCCUGGUGCACAAGCUGCUGGACAAGCUGGAGAUCAGCUGCCCCUUCAGCGAGUACUGCACCGAGACCCUGCCCCGCGCAGAGCUGGAGGCACACAUCAAGAGCAGGUGUAAAGGUGCGUCGCACUAUGGGCUGUCGGCGGAGAGGAAGCGGCGGUCUCAGGAGGGGGCGUGUACAGACAGCACGUCGGAGCUCACCAUCAGCACCCUGCCCUCCGAAACCCCCGCCGCCACCAUCGCCCUGCUGUCCGACGACCCCGGCCUCGUCAACCCCGCCUUCGACCCCAGUGCCGAGGACAACAGCCAAUCAGGAAGCAACACCAGCCUAGCUGCCCGCAGCACUACCAAGAAGAGGGACUUCAGGAACUUUGACCGUGCCACAGCCAGGGGCCGGUCUUUCCGUCGGAUCAACCGGGCGCUGAGCGCGCUGCGCAGGACCAAGAGCGGGACGUCUGUGCCCAACCAGAGCACCGAGGAGAGGGACAACGCCCGCAACGCCACCGUUCCCCCGGAGGUGCUCCCUCUUCCUCAGCUGCAUCACCUGAUCCCAGAUGGAGAGAUCACCAGUAUAAAGAUAAACCGCUCCAGCGUGACCGAACCCCUGGCCAUCAGCGUCGUCGGGGGCAACGAGACUCCACUGGUCCGCAUCCUCAUCCAGGACAUCUACAGAGAGGGAGUCAUCGCACGAGAUGGACGUCUGCUGCCUGGAGACAUGAUCCUGAAGGUGAACGGCAUUGACAUCAGUAACGUGCCGCACCGCUACGCCGUGGCGACUCUGAAGCGGGCCUGCCAGCUGCUGCGUCUGACCGUGCUUCGGGAGCAGAAGCACCGGUACCGGUCUGUGGGGCCCAGCGCGCCCCCCCCGCCCCACACCGACGCCCCCGCCCCGCGAGACGACAGCCUGCACGUGGUGCUGGCCAAGGGCUGCCCCGGCGAGCAGCUGGGCAUCAAGCUGGUGCGGCGGGCGGACGAGCACGGCGUCUUCGUCUUCCACCUGCUGGACGGCGGCCUGGCGGCGCGCGACGGGCAGCUCCGCAUCAACGACCGCAUCCUCGCCAUCAACGGCCACGACCUGCGCUACGGAGCCCCCGAGCACGCCGCGCUGCUCAUACAGGCGAGUGAAGAGCGGGUGCACUUUAUUGUGUCACGGCAAACACACCUGCACAAUCCAGACUUCCUGCAGGAGGCGCCCUGGAGCAUGGAAGGACCUCCGCCCUACUCACCUGAGGACCCGGAGACCACCCUGCUGGACGCGUGUGUGAAGCCUGCCUGCUAUGAGAAGACGGUGACUCUGCUGAAGGAGCAGCAGGACUCCCUGGGCAUGACGGUGGCUGGCGGGAUGGCCAGCCGCGGCUGGGACCUGCCCAUAUACGUCACCAACGUGGACCCCGAGGGGGUGGUGGGGCAGGAGGGCUCCAUACGCAAAGGGGACAUCCUGCUGAGUGUGAAUGGGUUGGAGCUGACAGGUGUGACUCGGGGGGAGGCGGUAGCCAAUCUGAAGAACACCUCCUCCCCCGUGGUACUGCACGUCCUGGAGAUGCCCCCACCUGAGGACUACCCUGACCCCGACCCCGCCUCCAACCCCGCCUCCCCUCCCACCCUAAGCCCCGCCCCCACCGACGCCAGCUACAGCCCGCUGCCCUGCGAUGACUACUCCCCUCUCUGGGUGUCAUGGUUACAGCUGCCCAGGCACCUGUACUGCUGCAAAGACAUUGUGCUGCGGAGAAGCACGUCUGGUAGCCUGGGCUUCAGCAUCGUCGGGGGUUACGAGGAGCUCCACUGCAACCAGUCCUUCUUCAUCCGCUCCAUCGUGGAGGGAACGCCAGCCUACAACGACGGCAGGAUACGGUGUGGGGACAUUCUGCUGGAGGUGAAUGGAAAGAGCACUUGGGGGAUGACUCACACCAUGCUGGUGCGUCUGCUGAAGGAGCUGAGGGGGCGGAUCACCUUGACCAUCGUGUCCUGGCCAGGCAGCCUGCUAUAGGCCAAGAGAUUCACGUCCUGGCCAGGCAGCCUGCUAUAGGCCGAGACCAUCACAUCCUGGCCAGGCAGCCUGCUAUUGGCUGGGACCCAUCACAUCCUGACCAGGCAGCCUGCUAUUGGCUGGAACCGGGCCAGGGGUGGGGCUAUCACUCACACAUGGACAACUGACACUUUGCCUGGAGUUCACAGACCACCAACCCCUCCCCCUCCCCAAGGCUUGGCUGUUUUGUGGUGAUGAUGUUCUGAAUGGAUAUUGUUUUGGUUAGCCCCGCCCCUCUUGAGUUUCCUUGGAGACUGGCGCUGGGAGGAGCUCAGAAGACACACGUUGCCAAUGAUGUUCGUUCUGUGUUAGUGCGUUUACUAGCCUGUCUGCUGUAAAUGUUGGUGUCUGAAAAUCAGAUUCAAGCACUUGUGUUUCUGUCUUUCUUCUGCUGUUGGAAGGGCCUUUGGACAUAAUAUAUAUGUUAUAUUUUUAUGCUUUAUGUAAUGUUAUUUUUACGCGGUAUGUAUAUUGAUUUUUUUGUUUGCUCUGAGUGAUUUUUCUCCCUGUUAUGUUGAACACAGAUCUGUGUCCAUGUUUCUGAUGCCACGGCGCAGUAUUCCAAUCACUUUGCAAGCAAAAAAAAAAUGUUUAAAAAAAAUCUAAAUAAACAGAAAAUAAAAUUUAAAAAAAUAAAUAGAAGAAUAAAGUUGUGUAGACGUGGAGGCCUUACGGACAUUUGGAGCAGCGGGGAAAUCUGACUUCCUGUGUUUGAGGCCAGGAUCUGUCCACUACGGUGGACCUGUACGGGCUUGUGUGGGUCUGUGUGACAGUACUUUUGGGAAAAUGCUCAAUAAAGCUGUACAUAUGGCAUGUGGCACAGCAGUGGCCUAACUCUGCAGUAACGGGGAUAAAUCCAGCUUAAUCUCACCCUGGGGGGCUUGGGCACUACAUUUCCCAGCAAGCACCACUCUUACAAGGCACACACAUCUUCUUUAGAGAUUCUAGCUUUAAAUCAAAGACUCUAUAGACUCA